AAAGAAGCCCAAACACACUGCGUCGACGAUUUCAUUGCACCACGGCAGAAGGUAGAAAAAUUAAAGCAAAGAAAGAAAACAAUCAGAAAUUGGAUAUUGUUAUCACCAUUCGCUUUUUUCACAAAACACGAUCCCACAUCUCUUCCCGCAACAUCCCUUGUGACAUCCUAUUCAAUAAAAGUCUUCGAAGCUACUAUCAUAGACACAUUUCGUCAAUAYAAAGACAACGACAAAAACAACUACAGUUCAGGAUGGAUCUUUCACCGCAAAUGUUUCGGGAUAUUCCCAAGUUGGUCAAGUACCACUAUAAGGAAGGAAAUUUCAAUUGGCCUAUGAUCAUUUACGUAUCGCUUGUCCAUGCUGCGGCCCUGGCUGGUGUCGCAAGACUCACACAAUGUUCGACACAAACCUUAAUGUGGGCGUUCAUCUUAUGGCCAAUCAGGUAUGUAAUCCAGGUUUUCUAAUGAACUUGCGAUCRUCAUCCACUUCUUUUCAAAAUCACUCAUCAUUCUUACCUCUCUUGUUGAUGGUUUGUUCAGUGGGUUUGGGAUCACAGUAGGAGUYCAUCGACUGUGGUCGCACAGAUCAUACGAGGCACACUUUCUGUUGAGAGCUGUGCUAAUGCUUUGUAACUCGAUCGCCAACCAGGGUUCGAUCUACCACUGGGCGCGUGAUCACAGAGUACACCACAAAUUUUCAGAAACGAAGGCAGAUCCGCACGAUGCCACGCGAGGAUUUUUCUAUGCACACGUGGGUUGGUUGAUUGUCAAGAAGGACCCAGCCGUAGUCAAAGCUGGACGCGAGAUGGAUUUCUCUGACUUGUUGGCGGAUCCUCUGGUCAAAUGGCAAAAAAAACUCGACCCUUGGUUUACCCUUUACAUGUGCUUUGUCAUGCCUGCACAAGUUGCUGCUCGCUACUGGGGAGAAGAUUUCUGGAAUGCCUUUUUCGUUGCCGGAGCCCUUCGAUACGCCGUUGUUCUCCACUUUACGUGGUGUGUUAACUCGGCUGCCCACCUAUACGGAGACCACCCAUACGACGUUCUCUCUUACCCCGCGGAAAACCCUUUCGUUUCUUGGUGUGCCGUUGGAGAAGGAUGGCACAACUGGCACCACAAAUAUCCCUUUGAUUAUGCUGCCUCCGAAUUCGGUAUUUCUUCCCAAUUCAAUCCUAGCAAAUUGUUCAUUGACUGCAUGGCCAAACUUGGGCUUGUUUGGGGACGCAAGAGAGGGACUGCAGCAUGGCAAAUGGGAAGAGCUCGACGAAUCCGUGACUCUGAUGCUGGAGUCCCUCUUCCUGUUGCUCCACCAAGACCUUGGGAGGUCAAGAAAAUGGAUUAACAAAGGUUUCAUAGCCAUUUGCASAGCACAGGUACCUCUCCACGAUUCGGUGCGUCGAUGCCAUUAGUUGACACCGAUAUGAUGGGUAGUCUAUAACACCAUACCAU